UUAAAAAAACGUUAUUGGUUAUUGUUAUAGGUUGCGGCAAGUACUCCACGUCAAUUCGACCCGGCGCUGCCUUUGGCGCAAUAUUCCUUAAGCUGAUAGCUAUGCCAGGAACACUGUGACCAUUCAAUUUACCGAUGUGCGGAAGGAACAUGGCGAUGUCAAAACGGCAGAAAAGACUCGGCGAAGACGAGGAGAGCGACGGCUCGAAUGAGUCCCAAAACGAAGACAGUGAUUCCGAGCAAGACGAGCUAGUCGACACCGAGGUGAACGUCGACUUCGAGGCGCGCACUCCGGACGACUCAGACUUCCAUGGCAUCAAGAGGCUCCUUCAGCAACUGUUCCUCAAGGCACGUGUCAAUCUCUCAGAUCUUACCAACCUCAUUCUCGAACGAAAUUUCGUUGCCAGCGUCAUCAAGCAGUGUGACGACGAUGUGGACGAUGACGACGAGGCCAUGCAGGAUGACGAAGACGGCGUCUUCGGCGUCAUGAGCGUAGUCAACCUCACCGAGAGCCGGCAACGGGAGUGCGUCCAGCAGAUCGUGACUCUCCUGCGCGACCAGUGCCGCGCUUCGGCGAGCGGACUGGCGGCAAAGUUCGACGAAUACUUUACCGAGGACAGCUACCAAAUCGGUCUGGUGAUCAGCGAGCGCUUCGUGAACAUACCGCCGCGGAUCGCUCUACCUCUGUACGACGCCCUAGCACGAGACGUUGAAGCUGCCAAAGCGGCAGGCAAGAAGUACGACUUCACCCACCUCUUGGUCAUAUGCAAACAGUACAGAGCGUCGGAGAACGACGAUCAGGGCGGCGCCGUGUUCGCUAAUGCCGAAGAGGAGCUGUUCGAAGAGGAGGCCGACCUGCAGUUCGAGUACAACGUGACAGCAGACACCGGUACCGCUGUCGCCGGCGACUGGAAGGAGGAAGACGAAGAGAUGAAGCAGAUACGCAAGGUCCUCGUUAUACCGACGACCAAGUGGGCCCGCAUCAUGGACAAGCUCAAAGGCGCGUUGCAAUAAUAAAGCGCGCUGCCACUGGUUGGUCGUUUGGACAUGAGAAACAUCUGUUGUGUACUCGCCUUCUGUGCUUGCACGUGUCCUCUAAAAAAGGCGCACCCAGUAUUGUCAGGUUUUUGGUUUUGUUCCGUUCAGCAAAAGGCUGAAAAGAGCGUCUGCAAUUGAGUUGGGUUGUUUCUGUGUGCUCACGGUGUGUACGUCUGGUGACUCUGUGCCAAGGUCAUAAAGACAGAGCCACAAAGAAUUUAAAGAAGGGGAUGGCUUAAUGCAGGGCUUUUUUUUUAUUUCCAGUGGUCUGUGACUGCUACCCAAAAGCUCAGCUUGAUUGCCUGCUACCAUAAUGGACCUUAUGUAAAUCUUCGCUUCCAUUCACUCCCUCUCUACACUUUCCCAUACAGAUAAAUGUUUUGCACUUUCCUGA